AUGUCGUCGUUUUCAUGGGUACACAUGUACAUGCAGGUGCAUUGGAUCUUACUGUGCGCAUUGGUGGUGUGCUGCAGCAGUAACCUAUUCAUUGGUCGUAUAUCUACACGACCAUCAGCUGGAAAACGAGGCGUCGCCGACGAAACUCAUCGACUUGUUCAGGGUGAUCGACCAGAAUCAAUAUGUUCGUCAGCGUCGUUGGAGUCUACUCUAGAACGUAUGAACGUGCUUCGAGCAGAACUUCAACGACUUUCUACCUAUGUAGCUGUAUGUGAUGUUAGAACGGUCUAG